AUGCCAUGCUUCAAAGGCCUCGCCGUGAGUAUACACACUCCGGACGGCCCGAUCCCGGAAUACUCCAUCCAACGGCAAUCCCGCGCCUCUCGCAUCGCCUGUUAUAUUCCCGUGCCGCCGGCGAAGCUCCCGGACUCUGCGGGCGGCAAACCCGAACAGUCCACCUUCGCCAUCUCCAUCACGCUGCUGAACCCUGGUCAGGACGUGCCCUAUUCUACCCCGAAACCCACCCCCGACAACCCCACGCCAAAGCCCAAGGUUGUUGGGGGCCUCCCCGGCACAACGAGUGAGCGUGGCCAGUACACCGGCAUGGUAGCGCCGUAUCAGGCGCUCACCAAUUCGCCCAAUGAGACGGUCGCCGCCUACAUCUACUUCGAUGGACGCCAGAAGGAGGAGGUAGCCACGCUGCUGCGACGCGGAGAGGAGACGUGGGUGAAUUCCCGGUGGGUCAGUGUGCCCGAGUCUGAGGGCGGCGGUCUGGCCGAGCGGGAGUUCCUCUUCCGCGAGGUCGGACUGGAGCGGUGGCUCAAUGGGCUGGAUCUGGAGGGAAAGGAUGCGGCGGCGACGAUCGAACGUCGUCGCCAGAAGAUGGAGAAGCGUCGCCGGGCGAAGCACGCUGCCGCCGCGGCCGCCGACGACCUCGACAUGGAUUCGUCGUCGUCGUCGCACGCGGCGGAGCGUGCAAAGGACAAGGGCAUUAUGCGGUACGGCGAUGACGCCAAAUCGCCACUCGAGGGCAUCUCCGAUGAUGAUAUGUCUUUCUCCGAUUCCGACGAUGACCCCAUCCCGGAGUCGGCGGGUCAGAUUAAGGUCGCGCUGUUCCGCGUGUUGGCGUCCGGGGAGGUCAAGCGGGGCGAGUACUCUCCGCAGUUUGAUGCCCACGACGACGACGAGGACGGACAGGGCGGCGAGGGUCAGGGGGCCGACGCGGAUAUCGACCACACGACGAGUUUUGCGAAGCCCAAGACGUUGGAUCCCAAGUCCAUCAGCACUCAGACCGUUACGGGGAUCGAUCCGUCCGACAAGCCCUACGCGAUCUUUACGUUCAUGUACCGUGGCGAGCGACAAUUGCAAAAGAUGGGCAUUCUGAAGGGGCCCAAGGCCCAGGAGACUCCCGGUUCGACCAAGCGUCGGUCCCAACAGCUGGACUUUUCCAGCCUAGGGCCGCUGAAGCCCGGCGGCACGGUGGGAUUCCUGAACUUCCGCGAGAAUACGGAACGGCGCCCCAGCCGGAAGAAGAACAAGAAGGAUGUCGGGGAUGACGAGAUGGAUAGCGACGAGGAUGACGACGACUCGAUUUUGGGUAAAGCGGACGACGAGGAGGCCAAGGAAAAGGAAGACGACCAAUUUCUCUCCCCCGACGAUAUCCGACGCCAAGGGGAGCUUGCGGAGGGUGUGCGGAAGAUCAAGUUGAAACGCCAGCAUUCGUCCGCCUCGCUAGGGCCGAAUACCCCCAAGACUGAGUCGGCCAGCCCGGCUCCGGGAGAAACGCCCACCACGUCAGGUAUCUCCACGACGCCACCCACAACGACGGCCGCACCGCCCGCGGGACCGGGUGGCUCGUUGAAAUCGAUCGGGGAGGCGCUGAAUGGCGGCGCGGUGGGCAGUCCCCUGAAGAAGCAGCGCGCCAGCGUGUCGCAGGCGGAUGAGAGCGCCAUCCGACGGCGCAUGGAGGCCGGCUUCGAACAGUCAGUCAGCUCGGCGUUGGGCAGUACGGGAGCCGAGCCGUCCUCGAAGACUGGCGGUGGUGUUUUUGGCGAGAGCUUGACGAAACCGGCGGCGGCGCCGGAGCCCGCCGAGGAGGAAUUGUGA